UCGCGUACGAGAUAAGAGAAAGUAGGUUGGCUCGAUCCUCCUCUUCGAUAACCGGCAGUUAUCGAUAACCGGGCGCCGCGGAACCCGAUGCUCGUAUCUCGCCCGUCAUACGAUCAGUUAACCUAACUCGCUCGCGGGAAGGGUCUGUCUCUCUCUCUCUCUCUCUCUCUUCCUUUCGGGACGCGGUAUACCGCAGGACGUCGGUUUGAUCCGGGAACAUUGUCCAGCACCGCAAACAAUCGAUCGUGGUGCCGCGACAGUUUGAGGGCUUAAGGUGUCCGCCUUCGCGUAUCGUUGUCUCCGUCAACAUUAGCGACGACUCUUCCCUGCCUCCACCGUCCGUCGUUCGCCCCGGGUUGAUCUAAGGUGAUUCUCCCCCAGGACCGAGCUGCCAAGGGAAUCCCGGCGUAAAAGGAGCCGCGACACAUCGAAACCGGCAACACGCAUUCGAGCACGGCUAUUCGCGCAGUGAUAGGAUCUACCCCACUAUCCUGCACGUUGCUCCCGCGUAGCGGUUUAGCCCCCCCCCCUCCCACUUUGCGUGCGCCUCUCUUCCUCUCUUCCUCUCUCUCUUACUCACCGCCCUCUUCGUGUACUCUUCUCGUUCCCACUGGGGAAACCCCCUGCGUCCGCUCCUUGCGCGCUGCUCGCCCCGAGAGCGGGGUAGUUUUCGUACGACGCGCCCUUCCGUCGAGUCGUCGAGGGUGAGAAAGAGAGAAAGAGAGGGCGACACACACGAAUCGCGCUGCAAUCCGGUGCACAUCUGCUGCAACCGUGUGUGACAGACGGCUGAAAGUGCGACCGAACGAUGGGAUUAAAGAGGCGCGAUCCGCCGCUUGCGACCGCGUCAGCGACAGCGACGGUGGCGAACCACCACCUCGGGAAUUACCCGCGGAAGUAGUUGAACGUGGCACCAAGCGUUUUCUCCGUGUCUCGGCUGCUCCUUCGGAGGGAACGUCGGCAACGUCGAGAGGGAGGGAGGGAGAGAGAGAGAGAGAAAGAGAGAGUGCAACGAGCUAAUCCGUGAUAAGGGAGGAGAGCUAUUGCUCUCGGAGGACCUACACCUCCCACAGUGUGUCCUCUUUCCGCGACGUGGUUCGAGUGAUCCGAUGAUCCGUGUGGAUUUUGCAGUAUUGAAGGUACUGCGUCAUGAUUACAGGCGAGUCCCCGGAGACAGCCCUAUUUCGCUCAACGUAGAGCUCUAAACCGAAAAGCCGAUUGCUCCGGCGCUCGCGUGCAAAAAAGCACGCCUAAAACGCACGCGCUGUAUUUCCCGUCCGUGUUGUGCGCUCCGAGGCGGGCGAAUCCGCAUAUAAAUGGGAUCCAUCCCGUCGGGUAGACUGUACGCAAAAGUCGGAAGUACUUCGAUAAAGAGGCGAGGAAAAAAUGUCAUGAAUUUCAAUGCUCCCUCGCGCCACGAGAAUCGGGACAAGCCGGCGCGCUAAAAGACACAGCCUCGUUCUGCGCGGAGAAGAUGCGGAACACGUUAUCGAGAGGGACGAUCCUGUAUCGCUUAGUUGCGAGUGAUAAAUGAGAGCGCGCGAAUUAUCGCACCGCCGGAAAGAAAGUUCAGAUAAAUUCCCGAAUAACGUCACACGCAAACACACACGCAAAAUCGCUGGAGAUGCUAACGCAACCGAUGAUGACCGAGGCGAGCGUGACGAAUUACCAAGAAGAGAAACGACGACGAUAAGACCGCGAAUGCCGGAAGGAAAGGUCGAUCGAGUCGCGAGCCACGUGGUCCACGCGUUCCUAAGCUAUAUUCGAGAGCUAUACCGUCGCCGGCGUAUACGAGCGAAUGCGCGGCAGUUUAAUGGAGCUUCGGUCUAUACCGCGGAGGAUGGUGCUCGACGAACAAUACCGCUCUCUCGCCGAUGAGAAUCGUAUCGUAUCGCCGAGGAAUAAGUUCAAGAGGCUCGAGAUGACGGCGGCCAGCGGAAGGCUCGUGCGCGAUUCGCGCCUUUAAAUCGAUAACACUUCAGCACGCGCUCGUCAUCGCGGCAGCAUCAUGGGGAAUGGCAUGAACAAGGUAGCUCCCGGGGUCGGAUCGAGCGCGAUCCUUCGACAGAAGACGAGGACGUGAGGUAUCGAGAACACCUGAGCGAAAGCACGGUCCUAGACGGACCAUGCGAGAUCGAGAUGUUCCUCGGGAAACGUUCGAGAGGGCUUCGACGAGUUCGGGCGCGCGGGUGGCGGCUUUGAUGUCACCGAGCGGAUGAGAUCGCAAUCUAUGCGACACCGACGUCUCGUCCGGGCGAUCGAUGCCCCGACGCUAUCUUCUGCACGUUGCCGUGAAUCGCGCAAAUACACACACACACACACACACACAUUUAUACGUCGGGAGACCAACUACGAGCGAUCGAAAUCGCAUUUUCGUCGCGUGCCAACGCCGCCGGCACGACAGCCUGUUUAUUCGUUUUUGCUCUCCACUCAACGGGGCGAGCAUGUCGCCCUCUUUUUUUUCUCUCCCUUUCUUUCUAUUUUUUUUUUCGCCUGCUGUUCUCGGGAUCGAUCGAUCACGAGACGACAGACAGCCGUCAGGCACUCUCGCCGGCGGUCUCGUCGAGGAGAGCCACGACCCGGUCGUUCUCUCCCAACUAAAUCAACGCGCGACGAGAGCGCGAUGAAGGAUCCCGCAAGGGGUAACUGUGAUAAGAGCAACGAAUGAAAUUAAUUCGUGAGGGGAUUAAGACUGACGGGGAAAAUGGAAUAUUUUCAUGGUAGCGCGGCUCCGCAGGAACAAACGUCAGACUCGAAUUGUUAAUGAGCUCGCUGCGGGAUUGCUUCUUUUAAUGCGUCUCGAUUCUCAUUCGAUCCUCCGAAGUGUGAAACUUGUUUCAAUAGACGGAAGGGACGCUGAGAAAGAAGAUAUUUUUUCCGUUCGAUCGGACUCUCGUUAAACAGAAUCGACUCGGUACAGAUGAAGGCAUCCGCAAAUGGUAAAUGACAAGUGACGGACGUUCGCUAGCUCGAACGCUACCUUCCAUUGAAAAUUCAAUAUUUGUCAAACGGGGUAAGUUAAUCUAAGAUUACGGUGCCCGGCUCGACGCCCAUCACGAAUCCAUAACCGCGUUUGCAUACCUCCGUCGCGGACCUGACCCGGAUUUAUCGCUAUCGUCGCCGUCGUCGUCUUCGUCGUCCAAAUAAUCUUUCGCCAAACAGAAUGCCGUAAAGAGACGGUAGCAUUUUAAAUUAGAGCCGCGGGGGAAGAAGUGACGAAGACAUCGCGCGUCGUCUCGGUUCAUUCAACGUGUCUAUUUAGGGUCACGGUCUUUUCAUACGUUCUAUAGAGGCUUUUGGUUACAGGGUAUCUGUUAGGCGAGACGCGUCGAUUUGAAUAUUAAUUAAAGAGCCGCCAUGAGAAUCCCGGCUUUCGCAACCUCGCCUGAGUUAACGUUUAUUUGAUGUGUUGGCAGGUGCUCCCUGGUCUUUACGUAGGUAAUUAUCAGGACAGCAAGGACGCCGAUCAAUUGGAGCGUUUCGAGAUUACGCACAUUUUGGCCAUCCACGACACGGCCCGUCGUUUACAUUCGGACAAACAUUACUUGUGCAUCUUGGCGGCCGACAGUCCCGAUCAGAACUUGUCGCAGUACUUCUCGCUGUGCAACGACUUCAUUCACGCCGCCCGUCUUCGCGGCGGAAACGUUCUGAUUCAUUGUCUGGCGGGAAUGUCGAGGAGCGUGACGGUGGCGGUGGCCUAUAUCAUGAGCACCACCAAUCUGUCUUGGAAAGAGGCGCUCAAAGUCGUCAGGGUGGGCCGUUCCAUCGCGAACCCGAACGUCGGUUUCCAACAACAGCUCAAAGACUUCGAGUCCAGCCGCUUACAAGAGGAGCGUCGCAGGUUGAAGGAGCGAUUCCCCAGUCUCGCUUUGGCGGAGGCCGACGCCGAGACGUGCAGAUCCACCCUGAGGAAUUACGAGACCCUCGCCUUGGCGAGGGAGGUGUGCGAAGGCAAAUGCGCGAUGGGACGCACCUGUCCGACCGGUCUUUGCCGACAAGCUUCCAAGAGGAGUCCGAGAAGGAAGUCAUCCACCAGCAGCCUCGGAAGCGCGUCUGGCAGGACACCCCCGCAAACGCCCAGACUACUACCGUCCGCGCCACCCUCGCCAGCCUUGCAGCGAUCGGCGAGCGUGGUGUCCACCAUCGCAUCGAGACCGAGAAGCGGACCCGCGGGCUUGCAUUCUUACACCGGAGGAUCCGCUCCACCUUCCAGAGCCGUGUCGAGGGUGGAUCUCUCGGCGGCGGCCGCCUGCAGCAGCAGCAACACCAGCCUCUCCGCCGUAGGCAGGUCGAGCGCGUUCUCCAGCAGCAACUGGCGGCUGACAGCCGGUUCUGCGCCGAACACGCCGAGACCAACGCCGCCGGUUUCCCCGCAACGUUGGCCGCGACGGCUCUCGAACCGGCAGACGGCGCAAUUGCCAUCGUUACCACCGGAAUCGCACCCUCCGUUGACGUAGCAUCGAGAAAGGCUCGAUUCGUUGCUGUCGAGCUUGGUAGAAUAACGAACCAAGGGAAUCGACUUCACGGGCAUCCUCUCCUG